CGUCGUGACGAGUUAACGAGCACCGCCUGUUGGACGCGAUCGUAAAAUAAUAGUAUGUGUUAAGUGUACUGACAACGAUCACUAUGAAAGGUAGACACCAAUUCCGACGCAGAUUCAGUCUACAGCCCUCGUUUCUGAAGGAGGAACCCGAGGAAGAGAGAAGACCGCACAGUCGGGCUGAAAGAACUGAAGACACCGUAGCUAACAGCGCUAACCUAACCAACAAUGCUGUAAGGCACAAGAUAGUUGUCCUUGGAGCAGCUAAAGUCGGAAAAUCUUCCUUGAUCACUCAAUUCCUGUACGGCACAUUCUCUUUCAAAUACAAGAGGACAAUUGAGGAAAUGCAUCAUGGCGACUUCAAUGUGUCCGGAGUUCGAUUGACGUUGGAUAUUUUGGAUACAUCUGGUGCUUAUGAAUUCCCGGCUAUGCGUACUUUAUCUAUGCAAUCCGCGGACGCAUUUAUACUAGUAUACGAUAUAACGGAUGCGAACAGCUUUACCGAAGUCCGUGCGUUGAGGGAUCAGAUUCAUGAAGUGAAAGCGAGCACUGCCGUACCUAUAGUUGUGGUCGGCAAUAAGGUUGAUCUAGCUGAAACUGGAGAAAGAGAGGUUGAGUUCCAUACAACGGAGUCUGUGGUGACAGUUGACUGGGAGAACGGGUUCGUUGAAGCCUCAGCGAAAGACAACAUUAACGUAUCCCAAAUCUUUAAGGAGCUUCUCGUCCAGGCCAAGGUUAAAUAUAACCUGUCACCAGCGCUUCGACGGAGACGACGUCAGUCUUUGCCCACUGGACCCCAGGGUCCACCGGGGUCCAGCUCUGCAUCACCAGCGCAACCCCAUGUACCCUCGCCGGCACAACUGGCGCACUUACAGCAGAUACGAGAGCGCCACGCUAACAGCAAACGUAACUCUUGCGUCAUUUCUUAAAUGUAUUCUAGUCCAUUAUUAGAAUAAGUGUGUCAAAUGUAAUUGUUAUCUUCAUUUAACUGUAUACUACAUUCCUUGAUGUCAUUAGAUAUAACCUAGAAAUAUUAUUUUGUAGACAUUUUGGUUACUUACAUAUAUUACUCCGUGUUUCAUGUCAUUUGGUCUAAGAUUUGACUUAGAUCGGGCUGCCACUUUUGACUCAACUACCGCGCGUGUUAUACUGUGCGAUUGUCGAUUGUUUCGCAGCCCAUUCAACUGUUUUGUUGCACAACUAAUAAUCA